UGUGACGCACUUCCGGCCGGGCAGGGGGGACGUGUCCCUGGCGCGCGGCGGGAGUAGGCGCCAUGGCGGAGGCGCAGAACGGUAGCGCCGGGCCCGGGGCUGUGCCCGCCGCCAGCGCCCGGCCGCCUGCCACUCCCGAGGGCAUUGCCUUGGCCUACGGCAGUCUCGUCCUCAUGGCGUUGCUGCCCAUCUUCUUCGGGGCGCUGCGCUCCGUCAGCUGCGCCAAGAGCAAGAAUUCCUCGGAGAUGCCAGAGACCAUUACCAGCCGAGAUGCUGCUCGUUUUCCCAUUGUUGCCAGUUGUACCCUUCUGGGCCUCUACCUCUUCUUUAAAAUAUUCUCUCAAGAGUACAUCAAUCUUCUGCUUUCUAUGUAUUUCUUUGUGCUGGGGAUCCUCGCCCUGUCCCACACCAUCAGCCCCAUGAUGAACAGAUUCUUCCCUGCAAAUUUCCCCAACAAACAGUACCAGCUCCUCUUCACCCAAGGCUCCGGGGAGAGCAAGGAAGAAAUAGUGAAUUACGAGUUUGACACGAAGGAUCUCGUAUGCCUGGCCCUGAGCAGUGUUGUUGGGGUCUGGUACCUGCUGAGGAAGCACUGGAUUGCCAACAAUCUCUUUGGGCUGGCGUUUUCCCUCAAUGGAGUGGAGCUGCUGCACUUGAACAACGUCAGCACUGGCUGCAUCUUGCUUGGGGGCCUCUUCAUCUACGACGUCUUCUGGGUUUUUGGCACCAAUGUGAUGGUGACAGUUGCCAAAUCGUUUGAGGCCCCAAUAAAACUGGUUUUCCCUCAGGACCUGCUGGAGAAGGGCCUGGAGGCCGACAACUUUGCCAUGCUGGGGCUGGGAGACAUUGUCAUUCCAGGGAUCUUCAUUGCCUUGCUGCUGCGCUUUGACAUCAGCUUGAAGAAGAACACGCACACGUAUUUCUACACCAGCUUUGUGGCCUACAUCUUUGGGCUGGGCCUGACCAUAUUCAUCAUGCACAUCUUCAAGCAUGCCCAGCCUGCUCUUCUGUACCUGGUCCCCGCAUGCAUCGGAUUCCCGCUUCUUGUGGCCUUGGCAAAGGGAGAAGUAACCGAAAUGUUCAGCUAUGAAUCCUCUGCUGAAAUCUUGCCACACACACCAAGACUUACCCACUUCCCCACCGUGUCCGGCUCGCCAGCCAGCCUUGCUGAUUCCAUGCAGCAGAAACUGUCCUGUCCCCGCCGACGCCGGCAGCAAAGCCCUAGUGCCAUGUAGCAAUUGCACGCGGUGCCCUUUCUUUGUCUGUCGCUCUGGCCAGGUAGGGGCUUGUUCCAGCUCUGCCCCUUCCCCAUGCAGCAGCUGUCACCUCGCUGCUGUGGGCUGGCUGCCCCUCCUUUCGGGGAGGAAUCACAAAGAGGGAAAGAGGCUGAACGCUCUGCCCUGGUGUGCUCCCAAGUUUCCUCCAUUAGGGCCCAGUUGCAGAGCUGGCCUGGCCCCUCUGUGCCCCCCACCCUAUGGCUGAGGGUGGUUGCAGUGGGGCAGCGCUCGUCUCCCUGCGCUGGUGGCCAGGGGCAGGAGCCCACCCUGACCUCAGUCACCGUACUGGGACAAACCCAAACACACAGUGCCGGGCUCCUGGGUGCACCAGGUUCUGGGCUGGGUAUUGACACGUGCCAAUCUCUAGAGAAUGGCUGACCGUG